CGGGGCUGGGCAGCCGAAGUUGGGACAAUAUAUGAGGGUUUCAGUUACCAGAUAGUCGAUAACACGGACAUGUACACAACAAGUAUGACCAGAAAUCGUUUUUCUUGCCCUGUAGCGGAUUAAGGAGGAUAUCUUUGCCACUCAAUUUGAACUCAUACGUGGAGUUAGAUGUGGCUUGUGUUUUUUUCUUUUUUAACAUAACGUAAAAGUUUCAACUGAGGAUGAUUUUUGCUACCCCAGUAAGGACUCCGUAUCGCAAACAGCCACCUGUUGCCCCAUUGUCACACCCUAUGGCUCCACCCAGCCCGAUCACUAACAGCAGCACCAACAACAGCAGCAGCAGUAGCACUGGAGGCUGGGACCAACUCAGCAAAACAAACCUCUACAUCCGAGGCUUGUCCCCUUCAACCACAGACCAUGACCUGGUCAAGCUCUGUCAGCCGUAUGGCAAAAUAGUAUCAACAAAGGCCAUCCUGGACAAGACUACAAAUAAGUGUAAAGGUUAUGGCUUUGUGGACUUUGACAGCCCUGCUGCAGCUCAGAAGGCUGUUGUUGCCCUGAAAACCACUGGUGUCCAAGCUCAGAUGGCAAAGCAACAAGAACAAGAUCCCACAAACUUAUACAUCUCCAACUUACCUUUGUCCAUGGAUGAGCAGGAACUGGAGAACAUGUUGAAGCAUUUUGGCCAAGUUAUAUCUACACGGAUCCUGAGGGAUUCCAGUGGAGUCAGCAGAGGAGUGGGCUUUGCAAGGAUGGAGUCAACAGAGAAAUGUGAUGCAGUCAUUUCUCAUUUUAAUGGAAAGUUCAUCAAAACCCCUGCAGGUGUCCCAGCUCCCUCAGAACCGCUGUUGUGCAAAUUUGCUGAUGGGGGGCAGAAAAAGAGACUAAGUCAGUGUAAAUUUAACCAGAAUGGUCGCACCUGGGUGAGGGACAGUGACUCCAGACUGGCUGGAAUGACACUCACAUAUGACCCCAGUUCAGCUGCUAUGCAAAAUGGAUUUUUUCCUCCACCGUACAGUAUUUCAAACAGGAUGAUGGCUCAAACAUCCUUGUCUCAUUACAUCUCUCCAUUUUCAACAUACCAGGUGCAGAACCCUUCAUGGGUGCCUCAUCAGCCUUAUAUCAUGCAGCACCCAGGUGCAGUGAUAUCGCCCACUAUGGACCCAUCUGUGUCAUUGCAGCCUACUUCCAUGAUAGCGCCUCUCACUCAGCAGAUGGGUCACCUCUCGUUAGGCGGUGCAGGAACGUUUGUGGCCACAAGCACAGCUAUGCAAGGAGCUUACAUCCCACCGUAUGCACACAUGCAGACAACAGCUGUCCCAGUGGAGGAAAAUGGUCCACAGUCACAAGUUGACUCACCCGACAAUCGUUCCCCCUUUUCCUACCAACAGACCAAGUAGUGCUGAGGUAACAGUUGGACAACUGCUAAGAAAACACCUUGUCCACAAACCAAGUGGACCUUUUGCCCAGGUUUUGCAAAUGUUUAAAUGAGACUAUUUUUUUGCAUCAUUUUCAGAGGAUUUAUCUGAGUUCAUCAAAUAAUUCAUAGUCUAUUUAAAAAAUUUAUUUUCAUACUAGAAAAACGUUUAUUUUUUACAAGGUUUUGCCACAGGAUGCAAGAAAGAAUCAUGUGACUAGUGCAAAGGGCAUGGUAGUAAAUGUUAUUUGUUGCAUUUUUUCUUUCUUUUUUUUCCAGACAUUUUGAAAAUGUUUUGUGCUUGCUGUGUGAAGUGUUGUUUUGCUGUAAAGUGAUUUUUCUUAGGACUUCAGAUUGAUCUUGUGGUCUGAGUAAACUUUGCCUUAAUAGUUUUGAUACAGUUGUGCAGACCAUCACUGAGUGACAAAAAAAACAGAAAAUGUUGAGCCUGGUGAGAUCAGCAAGAUUUUAGAAAAAUACCAUGAAACUUUUUUUAUGUGCCAUUCCCUACCAAAGCUAUUUUAGACAAAAUAUUUUGGCAUCUGCUAUUUUAUUGAAUUAAAUAUUUAUUAAUUAACAGACCCUACAUUUUUUAUGGAUGUUGAAAUGCGUUUGAAAUUCUUUUUUCUUUUUUUUUUAUCUCGCCCUUUUUAAGUUUACUAGGUUAACUUGAAUUAAAUGGGGAGGGAAAAUGAGACAGGACUUCUGUAUUUUGUUUAUUGGUCUCUCUUUGGCUUUUUGGAUGAUGUUAAUUGUUAUUUAAAUGGGAUGUGUA